UAAGUUUUUGAGAGUGGAUUAGAUAGAGACUGCACCUUCUUCUUCUAUUGCUGUAGCGGAGAUGAGAAUGAUGACUCUUUUCUUCUUUCUUCUUCCUCCCCCUCCCUCUCAUCCUGCUUUACUAUUCCUCUUCUUAGGAUCCCAAAAAACACUCAUCAAACCUUUUCUCUUACCUCUGUAAAGACUGUAAAUACAACUUUGUUACUCUGUUUUUUUCUUUGUUUUUUUUUUUUUUUUUUUUUUGCUUUGCCUGUUCAUGUGCUUGUUUGUUUACCUUUUCCCUACACUCUUCAAAUUAUUCUGCUGUGUUGUAGAGUUGAUUACACCCCCCCACCCCCCACUGCCACCACGAGCUUACCCCACUCCCUCUUUUGACCUACUCCUUGCUUUUUCAGCCUCAAUUCUAGGGUUUCCUUUUUCCCUUGUGGUUUUCCUGUCCUGUUUUCCUUUUUCUCCUUCUAUUUUUCUUGAUCCUCGUGCUUCUGUCUUUCCCUGUUCGAAUUCUUGAUUUAUUUCUUGAGAAAUUUUUAUGGGCUUUACCAUUCCAGAUCAUUUCUAGGGGGGGUUUUUUGUUUGGUGUUAAUAUGGGGGGGUUGGACUUUUCAUUGGAUCAAAAACUUUAGUAUCACUUCAAAUUAAUACCCUUUUCUUCUCUGAAUCUUCUCUUGCUUUCUCUCUCUCUCUCUCUCUGUAUAUAUCUUGUGCCUGUAGCUAAAAGCCCGGCGGUGGUGAUGGCGUACCAGCAUCAACAUCAUCAGCAGCAGCCACCGGUUCCGGGUUCGGGUUCCACCUCCGCCGGCGGCGGCGGCGGCGGAUUUCACCACUUAAAUUUCCCCUUUGGGGACACCACUUUCACUAAGGUGUUUGUUGGAGGACUGGCCUGGGAAACUCAGAGCGAAACCAUGAAACGAUACUUUGAGCAGUUCGGUGAUAUCCUCGAAGCUGUUGUCAUCACUGAUAAGAAUACUGGCCGAUCCAAAGGCUACGGCUUUGUGACCUUCCGGGACCCCGAGUCAGCUAGGAAAGCAUGUGCUGAUCCAACUCCAAUUAUUGAUGGGAGGCGGGCAAAUUGUAAUUUGGCUUCUCUAGGACGACCCCGCCCUGCUCUGCCUUUUGGACGUGUAAGGAUACCCGCUCCUUAUCCUGGAAGCCUUCCAGCAACACGGGGGGCAUAUGUUGGAAACUUUAGCCACCAGCAAGCUGUGCCUUAUGGCUACCAACAAGGCGUUAUAUAUUCUCCUUACGGGUACACAACAUAUGGCGGAGAUUAUAUUUAUCCUCAGGGCGUUUACAAUGCUUAUGGAGGUCAGCAGUACGUUCCGAUAUAUGUACCCGGAGCUGUUAACACACCCGUGUUCCCUUACAACCAGCUCGGCCAGGCUGUUCCGGGAAGUCAAAGUUAUACACCGUUACAUGGUUACGCAAUGCCUGGCCACCAGGUCGUGCAGUUUGGUGCACCCAAUGUCAGUCCAGUAACGAAUUCUUCCCUUCCAACUAUUCAAGCACCGUAUCCUACAGGUGUUGCGAUGCCUGUUGCGCCUCAACCGCAGUUUUUACUACCUACUCAUUCUCCUCAAUUCAUGCAAGGUAGCGGCUCUGACCAAAACGCUGGGUGAGAGGAUUGAUCAAGGUACUCCUAGACUGCAGCAGGACUAAGAACAGCAGUACUGCUACUCGAGUGGCGGGCUUCAAAUCUAGCCUUGCAAGUUGUUCGCUUUGCAUUUUAGAGGUCAUACAUAGUCGUCGCACACUCACCAAAGAGCUCAAUAUCUGAAUCGCUCCCGAUGGUUACCGAAGGUGCAGAUGGAACCUUUCGUUUAAGAUCAUUACAUCGUCGUGUAUCUAGACCUUGGCGUUCUGGCUGUCUCGGGGAUAGACGGGCAGAAUCUCGUGCAUGCUGCAUUGAGGGAACGCUGGAAUCGGUUUCUGGCGCGCUCUCUAUAAUGUCGUCAGUCGUCACAUUGUAAAAAUGUGUAAUUAGAAUCAACAUAUGAUUCUUCUGUCUUAUGUGGGCAAACCUCAAACCUCAAACCUCCCAGAUUCAGGUUGCUGGGUGUCUGUAUUAGUUGCAUCCAUCCUGCAUUGUAUUUCAGAAUUCACACAUUUUGGAUUCUUGAAUUGGGCAUAACAAUAAUCUCAGACUUCUUUCUUAUUCAACAUUUCUUCUACUUUUAACCA